CAAACAUCAAAUCAGACACAAACAGAUUCAUUGUCUUCAUCCCCUAAUCCUGCAUCACCUGUGCCUUUGAAUAACCCAACAAGUGCCCCAAGAUAUGGAACAGUGAUCCCUAAUCGCAUCUUCGUAGGAGGAAUUGACUUUAAGACAAAUGAAAAUGAUUUAAGAAAAUUUUUUUCUCAAUAUGGGUCUGUGAAAGAAGUGAAGAUUGUAAAUGACAGAGCUGGAGUGUCUAAAGGGUUCCAGUAUAAUGCCAGCAGCUGGAACAAUGUACCUAACAACUUCAACUGGAUAUCCUUACACUUACCAUAAUGGUGUUGCUUAUUUUCAUACUCCAGAAGUAACUUCUGUCCCACCACCUUGGCCCUCACGUUCUAUAUCUAGUUCCCCUGUGAUGGUAACUCAGCCUGUUUAUCAGCAGUCUGCAUAUCACUACCAGACCCCUGCACAGUGUCUACCAAGUCAGUGGCAGUGGAGUGUUCCUCAGUCUCCUGCCUCUUCUGCUCCGUUCCUAUACCUACAACCGUCGGAGGUUUUUUAUCAACCAGUGGAAAUUGCACAAGAUGGAGGAUGCGUUCCUCCUCCGCUGUCUCUGAUGGAAGCUUCCAUUCCAGAACCCUAUUCUGAUCAUGGAGUUCAAGGAACAUAUCACCAGGUUUAUGCUUCAAGUGCCAUUGCUAUGCCUGCACCUGUGAUGCAGCCUGAACCAAUUAAAACAGUGUGGAGCAUUCAUUAUUAAGACAAAUGGGCAGCUCUAGUCCAGCUCAACUGAUUUCUUGUCGAAUGAUCCUUGUGUGGCCAAGACCCAGCUUCAACCAACCGGCUAGAAGCUGCCCAUUGUGAAACUUAGGGUUAGUUAAUCCUCGCCAUAUUUAUUCCACUAUAAACUGUCUAAAUUUGAUGAAAUUUGCUUUUUCAGCUUUUAUACAAAAUUAUUUAGGUAGAUGUGGCAUGUUGGUUUUUUUAAUGUGUUAAUCUAAUGUUGUGACAUUUUCUACAUAUUUUAUCCAUUCCAUAAAUAAUAACCACAAUGAGAAU